AUGAAGGCAGCUCUCAACAUUGCCAUUGCGGCGUCUCUCGCUGCUGGUGUCACCGCCCAGCCUCAUGCGCACCACCACCGACACCAACACGCCAAGAAGCACGAGCAACCCGCUCAAGUCGUCAAGCUUCAGCAGCGCGGGGGCUCCCCCGUUGUGCACGAGCGGGAUGUGGUCGUGGUCUAUGAGACCCCUCUCGAGACGGCCUACGUGCUGGGCGGCGAGUCAAUCACCCCCGAGGAGGCCGAGGAUUGUCUGAGGGAUCACCUGUGCGAGAUUGUUGGAGAGUCGGAACCCACCUUUGUCACCCCGACGCCGGCACCGACCCCGAGCACGUCGUCCACUUCGGUGGCUACGUCAAGUUCCGCGGCCGCGGCCGAGUUCUUCGAGGCCAAGCAGAUGCGGGUCUCAACUUCGUCCAGCAGCUCCGUUGCGCCCACCUCGACCUCUGCCGCCCCCAAGGCUACCGCGAGCUCAACCUCUUCUGGUGCGACUGGCGUCGAUGCCGACUUCCCGGAUGGAGAGAUCGACUGCAGCACACUGCCCACCGAGUACGGUGCCAUCGCUGUCACUCAGGUCGAUCACUCGGGAUGGGCAGGUCUUCUGGACGUUGGCGUCAGCGCCUUCACGGUGGGCUCCACCAAGGCCAUCGCCAGCUACUCAGCCCCUAGCGGAGGUCUGUCGGCCGGCAUGUUCGGUACUUACCAGUGCCCUGAAGGCUAUGAUAUGGCUCAAUGGCCCGAGGAGGCCCAGGGCGCCACUGGCCAGUCCAUCGGUGGACUCUGGUGCGGUGUCGACAACAAGCUCUACCUCACCCGCCCUGACAGCACCAAGAAGCUUUGCCAGAAGGGUGCAGGCAAUGUCAAGGUCAUCAACAAGCUGAGCGACAAGGUCUCCCUGUGCAAGACCUCUUACCCCGGCAAGGAGGACAUGGUCCUGUCCAACGUCGUUGCUGGCGGUGCCACCUACAACCUCUUCAACCCCUACCAGAACCUGUCGUACGAGUGGAAGGGUUCUUCCACCUCUGCUCAGUACUACGUCAACCUGAAGGGCCUGGACAAGGACAUCGCUUGCCAAUGGGACAGCCCUGAGCCCUACACUAGCAACGCCGGUAACUGGGCUGGUGUCAACUUGGGCACAAGCGUGAACGCCGACGGCACGACCUUCCUGUCCAUCUUCCACAACACGCCUACCAGCAACACGCCCCUGGACUUCAACAUCAAGCUGAGCGGUGACGUCAGCCAGGAGUGCACGUAUUCGUACAGCUCCAACUCCUUCAGCCCCAGCAACGGCAACGGCUGCACCGUCGCUGCGCAAGCUGGAGGCACCAUCUACGUGACCCUUUCUGAAUAA